AUGAUUCGUUUGGAAGACUGUUUGGAUCUCAAAUUUAAUUUCGAGAAACAGAUUGAUUUGGCCGAUGAAGCGGAGAUGGCCAAAGAUCAAAAUGUGUGUAAAUUCUAUCUCAAAGGACAAUGUAGAAAAGGAAAAGAUUGCCAGUAUAAACACAUACAACGACAAACAUCAAAGGAAAAGGAAGUUGUUUGCAAACACUGGCUCCGAGGUCUCUGUAAAAAAGGAGAUGGAUGCGAAUUUCUUCAUCAAUACAAGGCUGGAAAGAUGCCAGAAUGUUGGUUCUUUUCCGAAUAUGGAGAAUGUAGUAAUCUUGAGUGUAUUUUCUUGCAUAUAAAACCCGAAGAUAGGAUCAAGAAUUGCCCAUGGUAUGAAAAAGGUUUUUGCAAACAUGGUCCUAAUUGUAGAUUGAAGCAUAUUAGAAAGAUUGCUUGUCCUGAUUAUUUAGCUGGAUUUUGUGCAAAAGGACCUAACUGCAAAUUCUCUCAUCCCAAGUUUGAUAUUCGGAGUAAUGAAGCAGAAAACGAUGGUGGCGCAAAAUUCAUAGAAAAACUCAAUGCCGAACGACAAGUGGCAAUGGAAGGAGAAGGAAUGGGCCCGCCUCAUCAUCACCAGGGCGGAGGAGGUGGCCGAGGACGAAGACAACAACACUAUUAA